AUGCAAACUAUUGGCUUCCUGCCUUCGGCAUUUCCAAUACGCCAGGCUCGGCCCGCUUUAUGGCUGUACGCACUGUUCUUCCUGGCAAAUGAAGCAAUGAUCUGCAGUCGAACAGCACUGAAGAAUGACAACCUUGCCAUGGCCGAACACCUGCAAAUAAUUCACGCAAGAUCCUCUAUCUGUCCAGAAGAAGAGGAAAUUCUCACGAGUUCAGAGUACUACGAUAUCCGUACUAUAAACCUCAGCAUGUCUAGCAAGGACUCAUACCUCUCUGACCCCCGGUGUCAGUGUGAUUUUGUCGUUGGCACCACUCAAGCAAGCAUCAACUCUGGUUUAUGGGAGUAUCUUUACGAAGAAUCCCAACCCGUUCAGUAUCUAUGUUUUCUAGCCGAUGACAACGGCUACCCUACCGUGCAGAUCAGUCUAGAUGACUUGAUGGUGCAAAGCGGGGGCAUCAACCCAUUCUUCAUUCCUGAUGAUGCUGAUUCGGACAAUCCGCAAGUGAGCGCCCUUGCAAACAACACCGACUUUUCUGUCGGAGUCAUGUUGCAAAUGGGGUUACCGGAGGGCCACACGCCCCAGACUUUACCUCCUAUUGUCACUUUGAACACGGCUAGCAAUGUCGCCUUCAAUUUGUACUGCAAGCAGAUCAAAGUUGUCUCCAUCAAAUGGGGCAGAAGAGAAAAGUUCAGCUGGAACGUCUUCAAACAACCCGUCGGACCUUCUGGAACCCCGUGGACCAUGAAAAUGUCUGUUGAUCUCACCAUCGGCGACUUGGAUAAGAAACUCAACACGCCGUACUUCAAUAAUCACCCCAAACUUCGAGACCAACUGCUUAAAGCUCUAGAUAAUCUCUCCGACACUGCCUUCAGCUUGCAGCAGCUUUUAUUUGACCUGGAUAACGCUCUUCUCGAAACUAUCCCCGACUUCUCUGGCGUUACUGACGAAGAUGCUCGGAAUGUUCUCGAAAACUAUUUCCGCGAUAUAUAUGUCAAAAAUGCCACCGAGUACGGUCUCCCAUUGGUUUCUAUCACCGCAGUAACCCAGGGCAAAGAUGAUUCCACGCUCAAAUUGACUGGCUUUGAGCGUAUCGUGAAUCCUCUCAAGGACGGCAAUGGCAAUCCAAUCUCAAAUCCAACUGACAGCCAACGGGCCGUAUACACUCUGGAUCAUCUUUGCGCUACAAACAGCAAUCCCGUCCCACGAAUCACAGGACUUGAUUGGAACUGGGUACAGCCAGCAGAGAGUGGUGACCACAGUGGCGCUGUAGCCAUCAACAGGAAUAUCCUUACCCAGUUUAUAUCAUCCAAAUUGGAGAAAUUGGCUACCUCAGCCUGUUUUACAUCAAAGAUUUACGAUGAUCACGUCGAGUUUACCGCUGAGGGAACUCCUGUGGUCACCAUUCCUCCUUCAGGCAGCAACACCAUCCAUAUGGAUCAUAGCCAUACCAGCGAAAGCCCUCAAACCUUUUCUUGCCCAGGAUUCGAUAUUCUUGUCCAAGUUGACACGGACGUUUCUAUCGUUUACGCCUUGGAUGUUUUCUUCGAAGGAACUGCGCUUAGGACCGUCCAGAACUCUCAGAUAACUUUCUCUUCUGUGCUCGAUAUGAGUCCGUACGGGGGCCAUGGAGACCUCUUAUGCAUGAUGAAUGUUGUCGACAAGACGCUGACAGAUACUUUUGCCAUAUCAGUUGAUCAGUCCGGUAGCUUGCAGCUAGUCAAGUCAGACCAGAAGGAAACUGACCAGUCGGACACCGAGCCUACAACAAUUUUCAAUAGUUUUGAUUACGGGGAUUCGAGUAUCAUAUUGGAAGCUGUACUUGCUGCUUUUGAUACGGAGAUUCGGGGUAUACAAGUUGACAUUGCGCAGUCUUCAGCUGGGAUAUUGCAUGAGCUGCAAAUCAGUACACUGCAAAACUUCGUCUUUCCUGGUGGCAAGGUUUUCACCUAUAAAGACCCCUUCUUUUCCGAUCACCAGGACCUGGUGUGCAAGAUUACCUAUGUGGACCCUGAAGAGGAGCCACAAUAUACCGAUGACGAAGACGACACUUCUGACUCCAGGUCGCAUAGCCCGCUCCCUCCUCCAGAAGAUAGCUCCAGUGGGAGGCUUGCAGCGAGCUCAGAGUUGAUACAAAACUACGUGCAAGGGGAAAUCGUCUCCCCAACGGACAAGUUUGAAUCCCUUCAGACUACUGAGGGACACACAAUUCUCUUUAGCUGUGACACCUCGGGAGUCCUCCAUGCCAUUGAAGAACAGAGUGGUAAUUCGCACACCGGAUGGAAGACCCAUGAUCUGUCGACAGUGGUUCUACGAAGCCAUUUUCCAGACGAUGUGACUAGCGCCAAGGUUCGCACCUUUGACGUUGGUCAAAGCGCCUUAGAUGGAACCAUUGGGUUGAUGAUGGCUGUCAGUCUAGAUGACACUGAUCACUUGUUCAUAUCUUUGGGUAACUCGUCUGAAAGUACCUCUUGGGUCGAUGCACCAACAUGGAUCAACGUCCCCUUCGACGCAGCAGAUGAGCAACUUGAGAACCUUAUAAUCACUGGAACUAUGUUCGCUGAGACUAUGGGCGGCGUACAGUACUUGGUGGUUGACAUUGAUCGCUCCGGAAAUACGGCCGACCCUCAUAUAUCCCGCUAUCACAUAGAUCCCUCUCGAAGCAGUGGGCAAUACUGGGUCAAGCACGACGUGACAGUUGAUAUCUCAGCUGGAAAGUAUCAGAGUGCGGUUGGACGAGUCAGUGGGAAGCCUGUCGAUGGCAUCUACACAGCUGGAUACGCUGGAGCAUCAGCACAGCUUAUUUACGAGCCCAUUAUCAACUGGUAUGGCGGGGGUCCGGCCACGCCUAUCACCUUGCAAACGCCAGGCCGAGAAGUUCCUUCGACUAUAGCCACAACUCGUAAUGGAGAGGGAUCGAGUGAUCUCUACGUCAUUGCAGGCUCAACAUUGUAUCGUUUUGCUGCCGAUGAGCAGGAGGGUAACUUUGAGCCUACCGCCCUCGUUACCAGCGACGUGAUAGCCCAAACUGACACGUUGAGAGCUAUGAACCACAAUGGUGUCACGACACUCUGGGGUAGGACCGGAAGUGAUGAAGUGUAUUACAUCAGUUGUGAGACAAGUCAACUGUAUGACUCAAAAGCUUGGAACCCCCCCGUUCCUCUACUUUCUGGAGUCGAGCGCAUGUCAACUUAUAUAAACCGCCUCGAUGGUGGCAACACUAUCUUUACAGCUGGUAAUGGACGACUCCAAAAGAUCGUUCAAGAUGACCCUGCUACUGGUGGACUAUGGCGCUCACAGAACAUCAUAUUAGCAAGCCCUCCAGAUGAAAAGUCCACUUCGUUCAAAUCCUAUACCACUACAAUCCACAUCACACAGAAAGAUGCAGAACUGCCCGCAUCUAAUACAACAGUCAGACUGUCGGCGCACAGUCGCACUCCAGUUUACAUCAAUGGCCUUUACUACGUCUUAUCGCCUGCCCCAAUACAGAUCCCAACCGAUGCAGGAGGGUCACUCACCAUCAUUGACACAACAGAGGGGUUGAAUGCUGCAGUCUUGACAGUUUCUGUAGAAGACGACCCCGCUAUCACGAUCAAUCCCAUGAGAAAAUCUAUGGACAAGCUCACCUCGCUCAAUUCUACAUCCAAGCUACGUGACGCCCAGUUUCCCAGCACGACAGUUGCAGGCGGCGUAGUAGGAUCGCCAGACUACACCCAUCUUGUGGAUCCAUCAGUCAAUGACGACGAUGUUUCAAAUGUAGCAAAUCACUUGGAUGUUCUUAGCCAAGCAUCUGCCAUGCUGGAAAGUUCUGGAACCAAGCCGUUGUUGGCCAAGAAUCAUCGAGCUAUAACAAUACCUCAUACCACCACACUCUUCAGCUUUGGGGACCUUUUCAACGGCCUCGUGGGUGAUUUUGAAGACUGGGCUGGCAAACUUGCUGAUACUAUUGGAUCUCUUGCUGGAGAUGUCUGGAGCUGGAUGAAACACAAUGCCGAGGCUUUGGGACAGCUUGUCAAAGAUGCCGCCACUGGAACUCUGCACUUCUUUGCACAGAUCGGCGACAGUGUGUAUCACGCUGUUCUAGAUACUAUGCACGCUAUUGCUGGUGCUGCAGAGUGGAUUUACAAAAAGAUCAAGACUGGUAUCCAAGACCUACUAGGAUUUCUUGAGAUGUUGUUUGAAUGGGAUGAUAUCCGCCGGAGCAAGGAUGUCAUACACAACGCAUUCAAACUGUGGAUGCAGCACCAGGUGGAAUAUCUCCCGAAAGCCAAAGACGCUUUGGAUCAGAAUAUCGAUGCUUUCAAACAGGGUCUCACGGAGUGGACUCAAAGCACAGACAUAUCUGCUUUUGGGGGUCUUUCUCAGAAUCCAAUAAGUCAAAACACUGAGGACCCAAACAAAGACCAAACUUCAGGCUCCAAGCUCUUUGCCACCCACUACCAGAAUCACGCAAGCGAGGUUCAGUACAUCGGAGGCUGUCCCGAAGUGGGCUCAGUGGAAGACCUCAUAAAUGACCUGCUAGCAGUCAUUUCCCAGGAGGGGGCUGUCCUCGACGAUACUUUCAACCAAUUAACCACACUCGCCCAAGACUUGUCAAGUCUCAGCGCACAAGACGCCCUCAAAAGGGCGGCUGCCAUAUUACUCGGUGCGGCCUUCUCUAGCGUUCAGGUUGUAGUUGACGCUCUCCUGAACGUCCUCUACAAAGUGUCCGAAACUGUCCUUACCAUCCUCGAUGCACCAAUUCGAGUUCCUAUCAUCUCUGAUAUUCUCGACGCCGUGUUUCCCAACUUCAAAAUGCUCUCCUUUCUGGAUCUCAUCUGCUGGAUUGCUGCUAUGGGUUUCACUGUAGUACACAAGAUCAUUGAGGGGUCUGCACCAUUCCCCAAAGGCAAUGAGUACGUACAGGAGAUUAUCUCGGCGGGGACUUGGGAGCAGCUGGAGGAUGCGUGCCAGAAAUCAGACUUGUCUUUCCAAAAGACCUUUUUCAAAGCCACUCACUCUAUUGCUGCCUUCCUUGCGCUGGUCGGUAACCCCAUCUCCUCGGCUGAGGCCAUGUCCGAGGCUGGUUCACUCGGUAUGCUUUCCACCGGUGCUACUGUCAUAAAAGUCGUGGCUACAGGAUCUCAAACGAUCGGUGACAUUCUCGUCCCUCGAUACCCAGUGAAGAACGAAGUCGUUCAGACAAUUUCCCAUGUAACAACAUGCCUUGGGAUUUUGACCUCUAUCGUAUUCUCCAGCACGGUUCAGUCCAAGCUCAAGGCCAAGAUGAUCAACAGUUUAAGCGUGGCAGACCCUCGUGGUGUAGGGGCCAUAGUUGAUGUCAUUCUUGUUGUUCCUUGCUUGGCUGUUACCGGGUGGCAUUUUUACGAACUUACCAAAGACAGCACUGGCGCAACUCUCACAGCUGCUAUUCUCGGUGAGGUUUCUUCCCUGGCCUCAUACGCGUCGAAGAUCUCUUAUGCCGUGGCUGUCAACGAUGAAGAUCCCGACAGCCGUCUUAUUGCUGUUACAGCCAAGGCUGCAUGUGAUGAUCUUUACUCGGGAUUACAGGUUGCAGAAAGCAUUGCUGGCUUUUCUUGA